GCCCCCCCAGCCCACUUGCAAGCCCCCGGGACCAACCUGGCCGGGGCCCUUCGGGCCGUGUACGAGCAGCUGGUGCAGCAGGAACGGGCCGAGCAGAUGAGGGGCCUCAAACCCCCCCCCGUCACCAACACCACCCGACACGUCAUCAUCAUCAUGUCCGACGGCCGUGCCAACAUGGGGGGGUCUCCGGUGCCCGUCAUCCACCAGAUCCGGGAGCUGCUGAGCAUCGGGAGAGACCUCCGGAACAACCGAGAGGAAUUCCUGGACGUGUACACCUUUGCCGUGGGGCCCGAGGCCCUCACCGGGACCCUCAAUGCUCUGGCGUCGCACAAGGCGGGGGAGCAGCACGUGUUCAAGUUGGAGCUGCCCAAGCUGCAGGAGGCCUUCCACCGCAUGAUCGACGAGAGCUCGACCCUACACCUGUGUGGGGUGAGCCAGGAGUUCCCCAGCGCGGGGGAGCGGGAGAGGAACCCCUGGGAGGUCUCGGUGACCAUCACGCGGCCGGGCCGGGGGCAGGAGCGGUGCCAGGGCUCCCUGGUGUCCCCCUAUUUCGUGCUGACGGCGGCUCAUUGCUUCGGCCUCGAGGACAGCGCGGCCUGGAUGGGAGUGGACAUCGGGCCGAAGCAGCGCCGGGGGGUGUCGGCCCUGUACCUGCACCCCAAAUAUGACCUGGGGGGCCGCCGGGCCCGGGGGGUCCCCGAGUUCUACGACUACGACGUGGCCCUGGUGCAGCUCGACAGGGCCGUCAGGAGCUCGGUCACCGAGCGGUGA